GGUUCCACCAGCUGAGGACAAUGUAGAGCAGAGCCUCAGCUGACUCACAAAGGAUCCAUAACAUGAGUGAAAAUAAACCCUCAUAGGCUUAAGGGAUUUGGAAGUUGUUUGUUACUGCAACAUCACCUACCCUUUCCCUAGCUGGCUUAUACCACAGCUCACAAAAUGCUAAAGCUUAAAGGAGAAUUGAGAGCUUCCAAGGGACUGAAAGGUGAGGUGGGGGAGAGAGACAGAGACGUGAACAGCCUGAACAGUAAGCUCCUGAGCCUACAACUUGACAUCAAGAAUCUGCAUGAUGUCUGUAAAAGGCAAGGGAAGACUUUGCAGGAGAACCAGCUUUGUGUAGAGGAGGCCAUGAUGAACAACAACAGCCACAACAAGAAACAAGCACAGACAUUACCAUUCGAGGAGUCCCAGGUAGAUUUUGGGUCUACUAAAGAGUGUCAUCUGAGACAGCUUCAGCAACUGAAGAAAAAAUUGCUGGCCCUUCAGCAAGAACUGGAGUUUCGCACAGAGGAGUUGCAGACUUCCUACUGUUCUCUCCUACAGUAUCAGUCCAUCCUGGAGAAGCAGACGUCCGACCUGGUUCUUCUUCACCAUCACUGCAAGCUGAAAGAAGACGAGGUGACCCUCUAUGAAGAGGAAAUGGUAAAUCACAAUGAGAACACGGGAGAGAAGCUCCAUCUAGCACAGGAGCAGCUUGCGUUGGCUGGGGACAAGAUUGCCUCCCUAGAAAGAAGCUUAAACCUCUACAGGGAUAAAUACCAGACUUCCCUGAGCAACAUCGAGUUACUGGAGUGCCAAGUGAAGAUGUUAGAGGGGGAGCUCAGCGGGCUCAUCAGUCAGGAACCAGAGAACAAGGGUGAUCACCCAAAUGUGCGCAUUUACACGUCUUCCUGCAUGAUUCAAGAGCAUCAGGAGACCCUGAAACGACUGUCUGAAGUCUGGCAAAAGGUCUCAGAACAGGAUGAUCUAAUCCAGGAGCUUCGAAAUAAGCUAGCCUGCAGUAAUGCUUUGGUCCUGGAGCGUGAAGAGGCAUUGAUAAAAUUACAAGCAGAUUUUGCUUCUUAUACAGCCACUCACAGACAUCCUCCCAGCUCCUCCGAAGACUGUGAAGACAUAAAAAUGGUCCUGAAGCACCUGCAGGAGCAGAAGGACAGCCAGUGCCUGCAUGUGGAAGAGUACCAGAACCUCGUGAAGGACCUGCGCAUGGAACUGGAGGCCGUGUCAGAGCAGAAGAAAAACAUCAUGAAGGACAUGAUGAAGCUGGAGCUGGAUUUGCACGGGAUGCGGGAGGACACCUCCGCCCACAUCGAGAGGAAGGAUAAGGAAGCUGCCAUCCUGCAGCAGCGGCUGCAGGAGCUGCAGCUGCAGUUCACAGAGACCCAGAAGCUCGCUUUAAAGAAAGACAAGUUCCUCCAAGAGAAGGACGAGAGGCUGCACGAGCUAGAGAAGAAGCUGAGCCAGGUUCAGAGCUAUCUCAGGAAGAAGGAGACGGAACUGGAGAAGCAGCAGUGUAUGAUGAAGGAACUCGAAAUGAAAGUGAAGGAGGAGAAGCAGGACGGAGGCAAGGCGGAGUGUGAGGUCCUGCAAGCUGAGGUCCAGAAGGGGAAGGACUGCCUGGAAGAGGCCAAGCAGCAGCUGAGGCUGGCGGCUCAGCAAGCAGCACAAUAUAAGGAAAAGGCCAGUCUGGCAGAGAAUAACCUGGCGGACGCUGAGAAGAAACUACAGAGCUGUGUUUUUCAGGACAAGCAGAAAGCAAACACCAUUCAGGAGCAGCAAAUGGAGCUGCAGGAGCUGCAGAAGGAGCUCUUGCAGAAUAAAGAGGAUCUGUCACACAACAGGAAACAGGUAGAAGAGCUAACCUCACAGCUUGGGGAGGCCCUUAGGAAGUUCGAACACGCAGACAAGGAAAGGAGGCAGCUUCAGAGGACGCUGGCUGAGGAGGAAGCAAAAAUAAACGAAAUGCAAGAUCAGAUCAGACAGCUUCAGCACCAGAACAGAGACCUACUAUCUGCCAAAAGCAAGCUAGAAGAUGAGCUUCAGGAGAUCAAGAAGUUAGUGGAGGAGAAAAAAGGGCAGUUAAAAAAGAGCAAAGAACAGGAGAAGAUGCGAGAGGAAGAACUGGAGGCUGCUCGACAGGAAGCAAAAAAGAAGGACAAGAUGCAUAAAGAGACUCUGCGAAAGCUCGAAGGGGAAAACGAGAAUCUCCGAGAAGAGGUGGUGCAUUAUUCUACACAACUGGAAGCCUCUGUCAGCAAAUACAAUGCCGCUCAGCAAGUCAUUCAAGAGCUGAACAUACAGAUAAACCAGCAUAAGGAGUCCAUAACGAGUCUGCAAUCCCAGCUACAGCAGGCUCUGCAGAGAGAGAAGCAUCUUCUUCAAACCAUGGUCAGUAAGGAAGUCUAUGAAGACUUAUCCAGGAAGGCAACUGCCUGCCAAGAUGACCUGACCCGAACCCUGGAGAAGCUCAAUCAAGCAACCUCAGAGAUAAAGAGCCUGCAGCGAAACUUCUUAAUGACCCAAGAGAGGAAAUCUCAGUUGGAAGAUGAAAUUCUUGCUUAUGAGGAGAAAAUGAAAAGGCUCAAUGUGGAAUUAAAAAAAUUGCAAGGCUUCCACCAGGAGAGUGAGAUAGAGGUGCAAGCUUUUGACAAGAAGCUAGAGGAGAUGAGCAACCAGGUGAUGCAGUGGCAGAAGCAGCACCAAAAUGACCUCAAGAUGCUGGCAGCGAAAGAGACUCAGCUCAGGGAAUUCCAGGAGGAAAUGGCCACCCUGAAAGAGACCCUCCUUGCAGAUGAGAAGGAGCCCUGCUGCCUGCCCCAACGGUCUGUAACCAAAGAGACCUAUCGACUCCACCGAGACAACGAUCAGAUUAUGUGCAACAUGGAACAGUGGGCAAAGGAGCAAAAGAUUGCCAAUGAGAAACUAGGAAACAAGCUUCGUGAGCAGGUCAAAUACAUCGCUAAGCUGACUGGUGAAAAGGACCACCUCCACAAUGUGAUGGUCCACCUGCAGCAAGAAAACAAGAAGCUAAAGAGUGAGAUAGAAGAAAAGAAAGUAAAAUCUGGGAACACAAGGCUAUGCAAAGCCCUAGGCCUGAACAAACUGGAGGCCCCACAAAGGGCAAAAAUGUGUGGUACGUUGAGCUGGAGGGAGUCAUCCUCGGACACGGCCCAGAGAAUGGACAUCACCAAGUAUGUUGGAACGCCCCAGUGUUCAGGUUCCUCCUAUUGCUAAAAUCAGCAUCUUUCCCCGAGCAUCAUUUCUGUGCAAGUUUUCAGAGGACAGUGAGUUCCCUUCAUUCUUGACUUGGACCAUCAGCUCUUCCAGGAACAAAUCAAGGUCCCGAGCGAUUUUACAAGUUGUUAAUGUUUUACUGAGUUUGCUCCACUUCGUGCAGGGGAGUCAGCAAGCUUGAAACCACACUUCCACCGCCAGGCCCAACUCCACAAUAAAGACAUGAGCACAGCAGUG